UGUCGAUCGCCAUGAAGUGAAAGAACGGAUAGGAGGGUUAGAAAAAUCCGAUGUCAUCUAGGUCGUGUAAAGGUUAGGAUAGAAUGUGUUAUAAAUGCCAGUUUUAAGAAUGAAUGAAGUUUCGUGGAACAACAAUCCUGGGAUGUUGGGAGGACAGCCAGAAAUGGCGGGUGUUGUUGGAAGGCAACAGCACCCAAACGUGAACAUGGGGAACAGAUCACAACAUUCUCAAGACGAUGCUACCGUGAGUUAUUUCUUCCAGCGACCUCAAAACGAAUCCGAAAUGAACAGUUAUGGAACCAAGCGCUGGGCCGUUGGAGAUGACAGUGUCAUAGAACAGAGGAAUAUUGCCACUGUUCAGGAGCUUGAGAAAGACUUCCAUGGGAUGUCUGUCCGUGAGCUUCCGCCAAACCAGUCAGCCAAAAAGUUGUUGUGGGAUGACCGAGGCAAACACUCCGGGGAUCCUGGGAAGCAGAUCUUCCCAAGUCCAUGGACAACAGGUGCCAGAGAAGACGCGUGGGGAAAUCCCCAAGAGCCUGUGGCCCUUGGAGUAGAUUUGGUGGAAUAUGUUCUAGGGGGCGGGUCACCUGGAAACAAAGAUAUGGAUCCCAGGAUGAACCGAAUGCCAAAAGGACCUUAUAUGUCAAGAAAGUACCCAAUGCAGCAACAGGACCAUGGAGUCUCCGACCAGGAAAAGAAGAGUAAAACACCAUCACCUUUUGAGGGACAUGACGACCGUGGCGAUGAAAACAAAGAAAACUUACAAAGUAACGGACUCUUGCAGAAUGGGCUUGAUGACGACCAAGGCUAUAGUAAUCGGCGCAGUAGUCGACAGAACUCACCACCUGGAGAGGAAGGCAAGAGUAUGAUUGACAACCAAAAAAUGUCCAUGACCAAUAGCAACAAUGAACAUGGUGACUUCCGUGAUGGUCCUGCUCCUCAGUUCCAGCAGCCAGGCUUCCAGCUUGAUCCUCCCCAUUUUGAGCCAGUUGGUAUUGAUCCUAUACAGUUUGACUACAGCAACCAGCUGAUGCCGUCUAUGGAAAGUCCAAAUUUUAAUCUGGACUACUCACAGCAGUUACUCCAGCGACAGCAGCAGCCCAUCGCAGUCCUGACUCAGCAACAAUAUGCCCUGGCGACACAGCAGCAGCAGCAGCUGGGUCCCACCGUACUCCAUCCCCAGUACUAUGGAGUACAGGCCCCCUGGGGUAUUUACCCUGCAAAUCUGAUACAACAGCAGGGUCAACAAACUCCACAGGGACUCAACCAGCAACAACAGCAACAGGUGCUCCGGGGUCAGUCGGGGCGACCUAUUACGCCAUCUCAGCAAAAUGAAAACAUGCCUAGUCAACCUUCGUCUCUCCAGCAUCAACCACUUCAGGCUCCAAAUGCCCAGUACCAGAUCAUUGCGCCUGCUUAUUAUGACCAAAAUGGUCAGUUGGUGAUGGGCAAUCCCCGUGGUAUUGGCACGCCAGUCCGUCUUGUCUCUCCCGCCCCCGUUCUAGUCAGUGCAGCAGCCAACCAGCAAGGAGGGGGAAACAACUCUCUCGGCAGUAAUCCACUGCGUCUGCUGACAACGCAGGCUCAAACCACGCCACCAGUUUACUCCAGCACCUCCACUUCCUCUACCCAGAAUUCACUAGGUCAAAGACGAGACUCCAUUGAUUUCAAACAGAGGCCGCAGCUACCCAUCAACCAGUUUUAUGGAUCAAUGGGGUCUAUGUCUGGGUCACCUGCAGGCCCCAUGGGCCUGGUCCAACCUGGUCAGUCAAUGACUCCACCUCCCUCUUUAUCCGGCUCCAACACAAACUUGGCUAUCGGUAUGCAUGGUAUGACAGCUGGAAAUCGUCUCUACAAUGCUGCACCUGGAGCCGAAACUAAAUUCAGGAAUGGUUCUUUUGGCUCUGCCAAUGGUCUCUUCCCUGGCAAUACUCUCUUCCCAAAUAGAGCAAACUUACAUUCACGCAGUGCCAGUUUGUCGAAGGAGGUAACAGGGCGGAGUAGACUACUGGAAGAUUUUCGAAACAACAGAAUUCCCAACCUGACUUUAAAGGAUCUGACCAAUCAUGUUGUAGAGUUCUCUCAGGACCAGCAUGGCUCUCGGUUUAUUCAACAGAAACUAGAGAGGGCCACCCCACAAGAGAAAUCUAUGGUAUUUAAUGAGAUCCUCAACCAUGCCUAUAGUCUAAUGACGGAUGUGUUUGGUAAUUACGUAAUACAAAAAUUCUUUGAGUUUGGAAUAAGUGAACAGAAACAGACCCUUGCACAGCGACUACGAGGACACGUUCUGCCUUUAGCCCUACAGAUGUACGGAUGCCGUGUAAUACAGAAAGCAUUGGAAACUAUUCCUUGUGAAAUGCAGGUGGAGAUUGUUAAAGAACUUGAUGGCCAUGUGCUGAAGUGCGUGAAAGACCAGAAUGGAAACCAUGUGGUACAGAAGUGUAUUGAAUGUGUAGACCCCAUACACCUACAGUUUAUCAUUGACGCCUUCAAGGGACAGGUACAUGCCUUGUCGACACAUCCUUACGGCUGUCGUGUGAUCCAGCGUAUUCUUGAGCAUUGUAACAUGGAUCAGACCAAUCCAAUACUUGACGAGCUACACCAACAAAUUGAACGUCUUGUCCAGGACCAGUAUGGAAACUAUGUUAUACAACAUGUCUUGGAGCAUGGACAGCCAGAUGACAAGAGUAAGAUAGUAGUGGAGCUUCGUGGCAAGGUCCUCGUCCUCAGUCAACACAAAUUUGCGAGUAAUGUGGUGGAGAAGUGCGUGUCCCAUUCCUCGAGAUCAGAGAAAGCCAUGCUGAUUGAGGAAGUUUGCUCAAUGAAUGACGGUGCCUUGUAUUCGAUGAUGAAGGACCAGUUUGCCAAUUAUGUGGUGCAGAAGAUGAUUGAUGUGGCAGAGCCCACUCAGAGGAAGAUCCUCAUGCACAAGAUCCGUCCCCACAUCGCUACACUGCGCAAGUACACCUACGGCAAACACAUCCUGGCCAAGCUUGAGAAAUAUUUCAUGAAGAACAACUCAGACCUUGGGCCAAUUGGCAUGCCCCCAAAUGGAGCACUCGCAUAGUAUUGUUACUUUGAAUAUUAAGUUUGGACCCAUUGAGAGGCCUCAGAUGGGAUAUUUAGUGUAGACCUAGAAUUUUCUCCAUUUACAUAGUUAAGAUUGGGACCUCUUUACUGGCCUCCAAAUAGAUUUUGUUUUAGUUUAGACCCCAAACAAUGUUUAAGACUUUGGCUUCUGUAUAGGUUUGAUUUUGGG